CAAAUUAAAAACUAGAAUAUCGGGACAUAAAUCAGACAUUAAAUUAAGGAGCCAAAACAAUAUUCAAAAAACAGCACUUGCGGAACACUGUAAACUUAACAACCACAUACCAAACUUUGACAAAAUACGAGUAUUACAGGCGGAGAACAACUACAACAGAAGGUUAACAUUGGAGAUGCUGCAUAUAAAUAACAUACCAACAAACAAAAAGAUCAAUUACAAAAGCGACACCGAUAAUGCAGCUUAUUGUUAUCGACACUUGACAAAGAAGAGAUCGUGCAAUACGUAGAAAUAAUCAGUGCAAUAAUAACACCAGACAAUGGUAGUAAAAACUACAUUAGCUGUUAAGUAAAUCUGACAAUUUUAUGUAAAUAUUGCCCCUGAAGAUGCAAUUUGAUAAUUGCGAAAUAUUGGGAACAUAUUAUUGUAAUCAAUAAAAUAAAUCCGAAAAUGGCCUAAAGCUCGAAAAAAUCUUAUUAUUUAUAAAUCAAAUAAAAAGGCCGAUAAACAACCAUUUCUCAAGAUAAUUAAAACACGGAGAGCACGCCAAAAACCAUAAUCAUGAUCUACAAGAAAACAAAUAACAACAUACGACACAGCAUAAACAGACACAAAAAUAUGAAGGUAAAAAUUGAAAAAAUAAAAACAACGUUAACCUUUCUCAUACGCUGCCGUAAUCAUGGAAUUAUACCUAACUUCAUAAAAAAUGCAAUGAAAAACAUAUACAAUAUUUUUAAAACUCCAUACUUUCAUCACAUUCCAAACACUAUAAAAAAACACAUAGAUAUAUUUCAGAACAAAAUUCUUAGUUUAGUGAUACAACAAAAACAUAAACAACUUGAAUAUAAAAACAAAGAACUACAAGCACUAGAUGAACGUCUAAAUAGCCAAAUGAGGAAAGAGGAUUUUGAUAACAUUCACGACAACGAAAACAUAAUUAUGUCAAGAACACACAACAAAACCAAAAUAGUCCAACAACGAAAAUUUGACAAACUAAAAGAAAACCAAAUGAGAGAACUAAACAUCACUCUCAACGAUGGCUGGUUCGUGAAUAAAACUAACGUAGAAUUCCCAAAAGAUGUAAAAUGGUUACUCUCGUUAGGAGAAAAAUUUGGAUUACCAACUAGCAAACAGAACUUUCCACUAUUCAAAGUCAUUGCUGACGGCGACGACAUCAUACAAACAAACAACGACAAAGAGCAACAAGAAAUAAUGAGAACCAAAUUUACAACAAUGCUAGACUCACAUCUAAACAAAAUGAGAGAUAGCUACAGAGACAAAUUUAUUAACACAACAGUGGCUCACAGCAAAACAUUUUUGAAACAAAAUAAAAAUAUUUUAAUUUUAAAUGCGGAUAAGGGUAAUGUGACAGUAGCAAUGUAUAAAGAUGAUUAUCAACAAAGAAUGAAUGAGAUAUUAGGUGACAUGAUGACUUACCAACGAUUAAUUAAAGACCCCACAUCUAACUUGUCCAAGAAAAACAAUGAACUCGUGGAAGAAUUGUUUAAAAACAAUAUAAUAUCGACGGCAGAGAAAAAAUGUCUGAAAACUGACGUGGCUAUAGCACCAAGACUAUACGGACUACCCAAAAUUCAUAAAGAAAAUUUCCCCUUGAGACCUAUAUGCUCAUCGGUUAACUCACCUUCAAUACAAUUAUGCAAAUAUGUGGUAAAUAUUCUAAAAAAUCUGACCAAAAACUCCAAAUACAAUGUAAGUGACUCGAUGCAAUUUAGAGAUAAGAUUAAAAACUUGACGAUUAAAGACGAAGAGCAGAUGGUCUCAUUUGAUGUUGUGUCACUUUUUCCAAGUAUACCUGUGGACCUGGGACUAGAAAUAAUAGAGAAAAGAUGGGACGAAAUUGAGGAAUACACCAAUAUGUCAAAGAGCUUAUUUUUAAGUAUUCUAAAGUUUUGUAUUAAAGAUAAUCGAUAUUUUCAAUAUGAGGGCAAAAGAAAGGACUACCUAUGGGUUCACCAGCUUCUUCGAUUGUAG